AUGGCGCCUCAGAUAUACAUCCUCAUCUUUGCCCAAGCAUACGAAGAGUUUCGAUUGCCUGAAUUAGAAUCGAUUGAUGUGUUGUUCAACCUCGGGAUUGAUUAUCUCGGACUGGAACUCGACAUUUAUCGUCCUUACAUGAAGAUUGGAUUGGAAAACGACCAAAAGGCAAGACUUUUGGGGUCGAGGGCGAUCUUGAUCAAACACAUCUUACGGCAUUGGGCCGAUGCGCCUUCAUAUCCCGAGCUACACCGAUUAAACAAAGCAAACAAAGCCUUAUGGGCUGGAUAUGCUGCUAGUCAUACGUUCAAGGUGACUGUGAAUAGCUACAAGGCGACAGUCGUGCAGGAGAGGAAGAGGGAAAUUAUCGAGUCGCUUUCGUACAUGGACUUCCAAGGGCCGAUCAUUCUCCAAGAUCCGCAGGUUGAAAUCAUGCUCAGUGAGGAGCAUUAUAGCGCAAACGGACCCGACGAUAAUUCUGCCGCCAUCGGGGUCGAACAGGUCCUCAGAAUGACUGACAUCAGAUUGAGGACUAUUUGGUUGGGCGAAAAAAUCUGCGAUGGCCAGCGAAGCUUGGUAGAUAAAUUCGACCUCAAGAAACGCAUAUACAUUGGCAAUACUUCCAUGGAGGCAGGCCUGUCCCUAUUGAUGGCAAACCAAGGAUUGGUCCGACCUGCAAGCUUGGUCAAUGAUCCGUUCACUGGCACCGGCUCGAUGUUGUAUGCUUCAGCUUGGUAUGGUGGCUACGUUUUUGGGAGCGAUAUCGAUGGUCGUCCAAUGCGAGGCAAAGAGCACUCGAUACAAGACAGUGCCAAGCAAUAUGGCGUUUCUCAAAAGCUGCUGGAUUGUGCAGUGUUUGAUAUGACUCAAAACCCCUGGCGAACGGGUGAAAUUUUUGAUGCAAUCAUAUGUGAUCCUCCGUACGGUGUUCGAGCCGGUGCCAAACGUCUCGGACGAAAAGAUCAAUCGAAAAUACGGACCGAGCCAUACAAAUUACCCGACGGAACCUGGUCCCAUGAGAAACCGGACUACGUGCCCCCAUCGAAACCGUGGGAGAUGAGUGAGGUUUUGGAAGGGCUCUUGGAAUUUGCCCUUCAGAUGCUGAAGCCAAACGGAAGACUGGUAUAUUGGCUACCCACCGCUAGCCAAGACUACAAUCACUCGGAUGUUCCUCAAAGGAAAGGACUGCGAUUGGUUGCUAAUUCUUGUCAGGAUUUUGGCAAAUGGCAGAGAAGAGUAAGUACGCUUAUUGAUACCAAAGACUUUCCCCUGGACAUACAUCUACACAUUGCAUGCCAAAAGGUCGCUGAUUCUCUCCAUAUUUGCAACGUAUGUUCCUUGCGGACAAAAAAAGUUGAUUACAAUGGAAAAAAACGUAACUCUGCUGGAUGA